AUGGAGCUGUGCGAUUGCGUGGAGCUCAUACGCUCUUGCAAGACCCUCCCCGACGCCAAAGCCGCGCACGUCAGAAUCGCAUCGCAAUGCGAGCUCCCAUCCAGAUCUAUCGUCUUCCUCUCAAAUCUCCUACUCCAAAUGUAUGGAAAAUGCAAGAGCCUGGAGGCCGCUCGCCAGAUUUUCGACGCGAUCGAGACCAAAGACCUCUACUCCUGGAAUCUCAUGCUCGCGGCAUCUGUCCAGAACAAAGAUCUAGCCAGCGCCGAGCAGAUCUUCGCCGCGAUGCCGGAGUGGGAUCUAAUCUCCUGGAACACGAUUCUCACAGCCUACUCGGAGGACGGCAAGAUCCAAGAGGCCAAGAACGCUUUUGAUUCCAUGCUGGAGAGGGAUCUAUCAUCCUGGAAUGCGAUCAUCAGCGCAAAUAACGGGCAUCUAAAAGAUGCCGUCAGCCUCUUCCACACGAUGCCCCGGCGGGACCUCGUGUCCUGGAACUCCUUGCUCACGGCAUAUUCCCACGCUGCGCAGCUGGAAGAUGCCAGGUCGGUGUUCGAUUCCAUGCCCCAGCGCAAUCUCAUCUCCUGGACGGCUAUGCUAGCGGCGAUCGCGUCACGAGGGGAUCUCCGGGACGCUCGCCGCGUCUUCGAUCGAAUGCCCUGCACGGAUCUCUUCGUCUGCAACACGAUGCUGCUGCUCUUCUCGGAGAAUCGGCUGCCGCGCGAGGCGAGGGAGGUGUUCGAUCGAAUGCCGGCGAGGGAUUCGGCGUCCUGGACCGUGAUGCUGUGCAUGUACUCGCAGAUCGGGCUGCUCGAUGAGGCGAGGAAGAUCUUCGAUCAGAUGCCGGAGAAAGAUCUCAUCUCCUGGACUGCGAUGCUCACCGGGUACGCGAGAAAUGUGAAGAUCCAGCAGGCGCAGUGGAUCUUCGACGCGAUGCCGGACAGGGAUCUCGUCUCCUGGAACGCGAUUCUCGUGGUUUAUGCCCAGAAUGGGCAUCUGGAAGAAUCUCGCAGCGUCUUUGGAGGAAUGCCUCACAAGAACCUUGUCUCCUGGACGACAAUGCUGUCGGCGGUCGCACAGACAGGGGAUUUCGACCAGACAAAAUCUAUCUUCGAUUCGAUGCCGGAGAGAGAUCACGUAUGCUGGACGGCAUUGCUCGCACUGUAUGCCCAAAAGGGGCAUCUAGCGACCGCCAGGCGAUUGUUUGAAUCGAUGCCCGAGCAAGACGUUGUGUCAUGGACCGCGAUCCUCGUCGCGUACGCGCAGAGAGGGCAGCCCAGCGACGCAGUGGAGUUCUUCUCGGCGAUGGCGGUGGAAGGGAUCCAGCCCGAUGAGACGUGCUUCACCUGUGUUCUUCACGCGGUGUGCAGCCACACGGGCGACGCCAGGUCCGGGCGGAGCUACUUCGGAUCCCUGAUCAUCGAUUUCGGGAUGAAGCCGAGCAAGCAGCAGUAUGGAUGCAUGGUCGAUCUGCUGGGGCGAGCUGGGCAUCUGGUAGACGCCGAGAACUUGAUCGCGAGCAUGCCCUAUCUCCCGGAAGCCCACGACUGGAUUUGCUACCUGGGGGCGUGCACGAGCUAUAGCAAUGUCGAUCGAAGCGCCCAAGCGGCGGAGAGAGCGAUGGAGCUGCGGCCAGCGGACCCGGUGCCCUACGUUCUCCUCUCUAACACUUGCCGCCAAAGGAAGCAAAACGAUUCUGCGAAUAUGAAAGUCUGA